AUGAGGAAAGUUCAUUUAACUGUCCCUGCAAGUGAAUUUUCUGGGCACUCCUCAAUAGAAUCCUCUCCAUUCACAGAAGAUUUGCCCUCACAACCUGUAUCUUUUUAUAUUAAAGAGUAUCAAAAAUUGUACAAACUUCUGACACUACGAAAUCAUUCCCGAACAAAUACAGUUAGGACAAAUGAAGAUGAAUUUUUUCAGUCCCCAGCUAGAAUAAACCAGCCACAUACAGGCUGAAGCAACGAGUCUAUGCUGUUGAACUCUAAGAGUCUCAUGACAAUUGGGGACACAAGCUAUACAAGUGAUUUCAGUGAUCUCACGCCAAGAAACCUGGAACGGUCUUACUCUCCAAAUCUGGCAAUCCCUAGUGAAAAAAGUGGAGACUUGAUCAAUAAAUCAGUAGAAAAUUUGAAAAAUAUAAUCUCAAAAUGUGGGAAGCUACCUUUGAAUAUUCAAAAAGCAGUAGAGUUAUUGGUGGAAAAAAGCAAUGAUAUUGACCAAGACUCAUCACAGGAAGAGAUAAUUGAGGCAGCUAUAGCUAUUGAAGUAAUCAAAGGGAAAAUUAUCAAUUACUUGAUCAGCCAAAAUGACACACAAAGCUUUUUUGAAAAUAUUAUUUUUGCAAGCGAAAAAACUGCAGUAGAACUUGCUGAUAGGUCAAGAGAUGAUAUGGUCAACUUAAUGAAGAAAAAAGCUAGUAUUUUUGAAGGGAAUUUUUCAGGGAAAAGAAAAAUUCAAGAAUUGUAUAUGUUUGCUAUAGAAAUUGAAAAAUGGAAACAUGGGAAGCUAAACCCGGAUUCAAAAUAUGCAAACCGGCAUCCUUUUCAAAAUCAAUAUGAAGAAAUAUUGAAGCAGCUGAAAAGCCAACUGGAAGCUGAAAAAGGCAAAGGGAAAAAAUCAGGGCCAAACUUAAAUUUGAAAAUGAUGGCUAUUAAAAAGAAAAUAAAAGAAAUGAGAGAAAUGAACUUGGAAUUGAAAAAAGUGGUGGACUAUGACUCUUAUUUAUGGAAACAACUUACGGGUGAAAAAUUCAAGGAAUUCCAAAAAAAAAGAGGGAAUAAUGAUAAUCAGGAGCUAAUAAAAGAAAACGAGAGUUUAAAGAUAGAAUUAUAUGCUCUUUAUACAAAAAAUGAAAGUUUAUAUGGUAUAAAAGAAGAGCUCCAAAAUGAAGUGGAAAAGUGCAAACAAAUUAUUAAAGAUUUGGCCAGUCAAAUUAAGCUUGAUAACCAAAAAGAUGAAGAAAUUGAUUAUUAUUUAUUGAAAAUCGAGAGCCAAGACUCUCUAAUAAACCAGCUAGAAAAGAAAAUUGAGAGCUUAAAAAACUGCUUAUCUAAUAGAUUGCCAAUGGUUUCAUCUGAGAUUCAUGCACUUAAAAAUGCAGCAAGAGAAAUAAAAGGAAAUUUAAUAAAGGAAUCCAGAAAUUGGAAUUCGAACUGCCAAAACGGGACAAGAAUCAUAAGUAUUUUCUUGAGAAAAGCUAUGGAUGAGAAUAACCAAACAAAGCUGGCAAAUGCAAAUCUAAGUGGCUUAUUAGAAAAUCAAAUAAAUGAUGCAAAGCUUCAGAAAAAAGAAAAUGAGGAAUUAAAAUUUAGCUUGAUUAAAGCUUCUAAAGCACAAGAAAAGCUGCGAACAAGCUUAAAAUAUGUUCUAAAGACAACUGAAAGUGUGAAAUUUAGCAUCAAUGAUAUAAAAAAACUUCAAAACCUGCAAAUGAAGGCAAACUCAGAAAGCUUAGUGUUGAUAAAAUCAAAAAUAAGUGAAAUUGCGCGUGAGAACAAAGAAAAAGCAGAAAUUUUGAGGAAAUCUCUAACUUUUCAAUAUCACCAGUCAAAACUAUCAGUUUUCAGAAAAGCUUGUAAAAUAAAAGAGUCGAUUUUAGUGUAUAAUUUUUCCUCUAGCAGACAAAUUUCUUCGAGGGUAUUCAGUAAAAUUUUUUUCCCUCGUGUGACAUUUGAUAGAAAUUAGACAGCUUCCCAGAGCAAAUGUCUCAAGAGAAUCAGUUUUUAAGGAAAUGCCACACUAACAAAAGGUUUCGAUUAAAUAUCAUGAACCUCGAUUUCAGAAUCCAAAAGCACAGUUUUGGCCAUGAAAUCUGAGUACUCAAGAAAAAUCAGUGACUUCAUAGCACAUUUCAAUAAAACCGCUUCAGCUAUGGUAGCUCAGAUAAAAGAUAAAUCAAUAAAGAUUUCUGAAGAACUGGGCAGUGUUAAAAACGAGAGAGACAUUUUUAAAACUCGAUUCUCUGAUGCCAGCAAAGAAAUUGAAUUAAUAUUAAUCGACAAAGAAAAACUCAAAAUAGCUAUUGAAGAUAAGGAAAGAGAAACUUUAAAAUUUGCAGAAACAAACAAGCGGCAAAGUGAAGAGUUGUCGAAGAAGCAGAAAGAAGUUGAAUUAAUUUUAGAACAAAUGAAGAUAGCUAAGAGCAGGGAAAUUGAUCCAGCCGUGGUUGAUGGCUUGAAAGCAAAUAAUAAUGAACUAAAGGAUGAACUCUCUAAGGUUCAAAAAAGCAAGGACUGGGAAAUACUGAAAAUCACCAAAGAAAUGCAAAUGAUCGAGAAAAAUCUUGCUGAGUCAAUAAAAAAUAGAGAAAAUGAAAUAAAUAUGUUGGCGGCAGAGAACUCAGAAUUAAAAAUUGAAUUGUCCAAUUAUCAGCAGGAAAGCAGCAAAAUAAUGCAGUUAAUAAAUGAAGAAAAGGAAAACAUUGAAGCAAAUCUCAACAGCUUUAUCAAAAGGAAAGAAGAUGAAAUCAAUGAACUUAGGAUCAAGUAUGAGGAGUUGAAAAACCAUGAAAGUGAAAAUGAAAAAAUAAUUAGCAAAAUUAAAGAAGAAAACAGCACAGUAUUGAAUUAUUUAACUCAAAAAGACGCAGAAAAUGAAAAGCUCAUAGAGAGAGAUAUAGUUAGAGGGGAUUAAACGGGGGUUAUUUCAGCCCCUAGCCAGUUGAGCUUUAGCUUCACGCUUUAUAUGGCGCUAAGCACUAAAGCCACCUAUCGCCCUUUUCCUUCUGAGCUACCAAAAAUGGUAAUGUCGUCAGUCUAACGGGUAGACUCACCCGAACCUGCUCGGACCAAAUUGCAGUGCAGGACUCUCUUAACCCCUGGCAGUGCUCAGUGUAUGAGGGAGGCGUCCCGUACCUCCUUCUGGAACAACCUCUGCCUUUUACAGACAACAUAAUGCUCCUCCAGAAGUGCCCGAUUGGUGCUGCGCCGUUGGUCCUCUUGUCUGUGGGUCGAGAGAAGGCCCAGACAGCCCAAGCCUGCACUCCACCCCGAAAAGUGCCCACCUGCAACCCUGUGGUCCCUCGAGGCCAUUUUUUUAAAUUUUUUGCCUCGAGUUCUUAUGAUGCCAAUUUUUAAAGCUCAUAGAAGAAAACCAAUAUUUAUCUGAAAAGGCAUUAGCAAAAGAAAGGGGGAUCCAAAAUAUGAUGAUGGAAAAGAAUAAGCUUGAAGAAAAUUUAAAUAUCACUAUUAAAAGUAAAGAAUCUGAAAUUGUCUCUUACAAAGAGAAAAGUGAUAGUUUAAAAAAUGAAAUAUUUAAGCUGCAGAAAGAAAAAGAGAAUGAUAAGGAAUUAUAUACUAUUGAAUGCAAAAAAUUAGAAGAAAAUCAUAACAAAUCGAUAAAAAGUAAAGAAAAUGAAAUUACUUCACUUAAAGAAGAGAUAGAUACAAAGCGAAAUGAAAUUAAAGGGAAUUUAACUCAAAUUCGCAAUAUAACCAAUAAAUCUGUUCUAUUAGUAAACGAGCUCAAAGAUCUAAAGGGAUAUAUAUCUGGUCUAAAGUCAAGUAUAACUACUGAAAUGCAUAACUACUUGAUUGAAAUGCAAACCAUACUUCAAAUGUCUAUUUCAGAAAAAUGGACAAAAAAUGAAGAAUUCAACAAAUUGAAAAUUCAGAUGGCUAUUGAAAACGAAAAAAGCCAAUAUAAAAUUCUUGAAAAAAAUAAGGAUUGCGCUUCAGAAGAAAACCAGAAGUUUCAACAAGACAUCAAAAAACUUGAAAAAAUCAAUCUAUAUAAUCUUUGCCAAUUAAAGAAUAUCAUUGGUCCUCAGUUGAAUAAUCUAAGAUCAACGAAUGCACAAAAUAAAGAUUCAAUUAUCUCCCUCCAAAUGGAAAUCGUAAACAGCUUUAAAAUAUUCAAAAAAAAAUUCCAUAGAAAAGUUAACGAAAAAACAAUUAAAGAGCUGGAAACUUUAGAGGAGGUUACUGAACUUGAAAAAAUCGUCAAAGCCGAAAAUUUCCAAUUUAAAGAUUCUUCUAUAAUAUGCUGUCUUCUAUAAAUAACCCCAAAAGUCUUUCAUACCUAUUUUGCUAAAAAAUAUGGCAAGCUAUCUACAGCAAAUUGCAUACCACAACUUACACAGGUAAUGGAAAAUAUUGUAAAAGAAAAUAACUCUCUUAUAGAAAAUUUUGACUCCAAAACUAUAACUUUGAAAGAUUUCCGAAGAAAUUUUGUCGAAAAUGUCAGCAGCUUUUAUAUUUCAGUCAAUAAUGUGCUGAAUGAGUACUCAUCAAAAAUGGUCAAAGAAAAAGAAGAUUUAGUCAGCAAAAUCAAUGAAAUUAAAACUUAUUAUGAAAUCAAGCUGAAAGAGAUACUUAGAGGAGGAAAGUCGGCAAUUAUGGUUUUGAAUAAUGGAGCAGCUGUGAUCCAAAAAUGGUGCCGUAGAAGAAGACUUAGAAGAACUUUUGACCAGUAUAUGAAUCUUAUUAGAAUGGAACCUUCUAAACUUCUAGAAAUGGUGGAUCCGAGCUUAGUGCCUAUCUAUGGCAACCAUCCAAGGCUCAGAAAAUGCUUCAGGUUUGCAGGAGAAGGCUGGCCUCCAGAAAUACUUUUCAAUGCUUCAAUUUUGGAAGAGGAAAAUGAAGAAGAAAAAGAGCCAAAAGAUAAGUAA